GCAAGCCCUUCACGUCCCGCCACGAUGACCGCCCCAUGGACCACCAAUGGCCACCACCGCCGCCGCUCUCUCUUGCUCCUGCUCCCACUCGCCAUCCCCUUCCUCCACCCUCCUCCGACGAACAGUACCCGGUUUCCACCGGACACCCGAUGCUCCCCGCCGCCUCCGCCUCGCCCCCUUGCACGUCGUGGAUGACUCCAAGGAGGUUGAGACGGCGGCCGGGGCCAGCGGCGACGAGAGGUCGGAGGCGGACAGGCUGAUCGACGGCAUGGACUUCGGGGAGCUCUGCGACGAUUUCGAGUGCAUAAGCAGCCCCUACGUGGAGUCCACGGCCAGGCAGAUCGUGCGGGACAUCCUGGAGAUCCGAGAAGGCAACCGCGCCCUCAGCUGCUACGCGGUCGCCGUCAAAUACAAGGACCCGCUCCGGUCAUUUGUUGGGCGUGAGAAAUACAAGAGGCCGUUGUGGAUCACCGAGGCUCUGGAAAACCCUACGGUGACAGUCCAGGAAAUGUCAAUGCAGUCGACAAGCACAUUGACCAUUAAAUGGACGCUGAGGGGGAAACCCAGUAACCAAAUCUUCUCGGCCAUCAGCGGAGAGCUCAUCAUCCGCGUCGAUUCACAGUUUGUCUUGAACCAGAUCAGUGGCCAAGUGCUCGAACACGUCGAAUCGUGGGACCUCUCCGGCUCGUCCCCUCCUGCCCAGGCCUACUUCUGGCUGUCCAGGAGGGUUUACUCCACUGUCGAGGCCGGCAAGGAUACAGUUGAAGCUGCCAAGGACUUGGCGUCUCGGCUGUCAGAGAACAAAGAUCAGAAUUUGGAGGUUUAUCCGGACCCCUCGGGGGAUCCUACAAAGUUCUUCACCAGGCCGGAUGAUUUGAACCAAGACGUGUAUCAGAUCGCGCUCUUCCUGGCCGUCCUCUACUUCAUUGUACAGUUCCUGAAAUUGACUAUAUGACUGUACAAGUUCGCUCCAGCUCAGAUCUGGAACCCUCUUGCCCUGACCAAUUCUCAGAACGAGCUUGUGUGCAUGUACACACAUGCGCAUGUAUCUAUGUCUAACAGAAAUCAUAUCACAGGCAUGCCCAGUCAGAUGAUGCUCUGUCAUCUGGCAGACAGCCAUGAGUUUUGAGACCCAAAAAUGUGCUUGAAUGGUCAGUACGUGCAUUAUCUAGCAUUCAUCA